CAUUCAUUCUUAUGGCGAUCGAAUACAUGGAAUAUGAUUUGAAGGAAUUAAUAAUGACAAUGAAACAACCAUUUAGUCCAAGUGAAAUCAAAUGUCUUAUGCUCCAGCUUUUGGAGGGUGUCAAGAAUCUUCAUGAUAAUUCACUCCUUCACCGUUACCUGAAGACUUCAAAUUUGCUUCUAAACAGCCGAGGUGAAUUAAAGAUUCUUCACUCUGGUUUAGCUCGUCAAUAUUAUGGAAACCUACUGUACAGUGCGCCUGAACUUCUGUUGGGAGCCAAAGUACAUUAUUCUACUGCAAUGGACAUGUGGUCCGUGGGUUGUAUUAUGGCCGAGUUGCUAUCCAAUGAACCGCUCUUUAACGGAUCAGGAUCAUUAGCUGGACAAAUUUACUACAUUUGCAAAAUUCUUGGCACCCCAAAUGAGACAACUUGGCCUGGAUUUUCAAAACUAACUGGGGUUGGGAUGAAAGUGGUCAACUUUGCAAAACAAUAUCAGGAAAAUUUGUUACGUAAAAAAUUCCCUGCGACGUCCUUUACGGGGUUACCUUUAUUAUCUGAUGCUGGAUUUGAUUUGUUGAAUAGGCUUGUAACGUAUGAUCCUGAGAAGAGAAUAACAGCUGAUGCUGCAUUGAACCAUGAUUGGUUUCGUGAAGUUCCUCUACCCAAGUCUAAAGAAUUCAUGCCUACUUUCCCUGCACUGAAUGCGCAAACUGAUUGGCGAAAGCGAAGAGUAAUUAUAAUGAAGAGUUCAGAUCCUGAUCUUGAGGAGACAAGUUCUAGUAACAGCUCAACAUAUGCCCAAAUUUACCCUUAA